UCAAGUUAAUCAAGCUAUUAAUCAAGCUCAUUUUACUUCCAUUUUAUGGUCUCAGAAAAUUGGAAUGGAUUGCUCAGAAGAAUACAUAAGAAUGGAGAUGGAAUGUGAACCAAAGAAAUCAUUUCGGAGAGGUUGUCCAUGUACCAGACAAACUGGGAUACUUGUACUUCUAGGAACAGUCUGCAUGACUAUUUUCAUGGUCAUGGCUUUUGUCAUCUGUGGUGCCCUAGAAAAUAAGGUUGCAGAGAUGCAGACCUUAGUUUCAAGCCUGAGUUCAUAUUUGAACACAUCUGGAGCAAGUAACCCAAUGACUAGGGAACUGCAAGAAAAGGAAUUGUCUAAUAUUAAGACCUUGAUGACUGAUCUUGUCUCCUCACUGAGUUCACUCACAUCCAAACAAGAAGAAAUCCUACAAAAGUUGGAGCACCAGCAGAAUGUGUCAGACACUGAAGUGAAGAGUUUGAUGGGCAGUUUGAGUUCUUCAGUAUUGGCUCUUAGGGAUAAACUGACAGAGCACAGUUCAAAUUCAUCUGUUUUUUCUCUACAGUCUUUUCAACACACACAACUUAUUUUGAUGGACAUUUCAAGAUCACUGAUGGGCCUGAGUGAUUUCAUGGGAGACACGAGAUCAUCUAUUCAGUUACUUUCUUAUAAACUAUCAUUUACCAACUUGCUUACAUCAGGCUGUACUGAACCCGAUUGGAUCCCGUUCAGAAACAGCUGUUACCUGUUCUCUUAUGAUGUUAUGAAUUGGACCAAAGCAAAAGAUUACUGCGAAGAGCAGGGUGCGGUACUCUUAAAAAUAGAAGAUGCCUCUGAGAAGGAGUGGCAAUUUGUUACCAAUAUUGCUAAACCAUAUUCAUACUGGAUUGGUCUUACGGACCAGAACACAGGGCAGUGGAGAUGGGCAGAUGACACUCCUUACACCAUGAAUAAAGAACAAUGGAGUCCUGGGCAGCCGGAUGACUGGACCAAACACGGUCUGGGAGAGGAAGGAGAGGACUGUGGGCACAUUACAGUAUAUGGGCUGUUAAAUGAUGCCCACUGCUCUUACAAAAUGAAGUAUAUAUGCAAAAAGAAAAAAAAGGACUGAAAAUAUGUGCCUUAAAGUGUGGUCAGCACUGAAUAAAUAAAAGCACUGUCCAC